UUUAAGGUUAAGGUCUUGUAUAACUUUUUUAGUAAAUAUUGAGGAAAUAUUUUUUUUUUUUACUUAAGCUCUUCUUUCUUUAAGAAACAAACUUUCGAAAAUUUAAGAUGUCUUUUCCAGGUAAAGAAGAGAGACAAAAAUGUUGGGACAAUAGAGAUGCAUAUUGGGCUUGUCUAGAUAAAAAUGCACCUGACCACAGUUCAACUAGCGGUGAAAAGAUUCCAGAUGCUUGCGCAAAAUUGCGUAAAUUAUUUGAAAAUUCAUGUCCAAAACAAUGGGUAAAACAUUUUGAUAGGAAAAGAAAUUAUGAGUUAUUUAAAGAACGUAUGAAACAAGGGUAUGAUCCAUUAGAACCUAAAAGUUAAUAUUGAAUUUCACAAAAAUCUUUUUAUACUUUUAUUUAGAAUAAAUAAAACCUUAUGCUAUAAUUUAUUGUUAUUUGAGAAAAAAAAAUGUAAAAAUUAUUAGAUAAUAAAAAUUGUGUUAGAUGACUUAGCAA